ACCAACAUUCAUAUCUGCAUAUAUGUGUGCUUGAAAGAGAAUGAGUAGCCUGGUUUGCAACGUACAGACAAAAAUAUAGGAUACCAUGUCUAAGAAAGUUUUGCUUUGUGUUCUGGGUCUUGGCCUGGCUCUUAUUUGCCAUGCCCAAAACAGCACUCAAGUCUUCCUUGACCUCCAUAACGCUGCACGUAGAGCGGCUGGGGUUGGUCCCUUGCAGUGGAACUCAAGCCUAGAAGCAUACGCUAGGAAAUACGCAAAUCAGAGAUAUGAUUGCCAGCUGAUUCACUCAGAAGGGCCUUACGGUGAAAACAUCUACUGGGGCUAUGGUCAGGGGUUCAUGGACGCUGAGGCCGCAGUUAGAUAUUGGGUUGAUGAGAAGGACUAUUACGAUUACAACACCAAUUCUUGCUUGAAGGGCAAGGACUGCUUGCAUUAUACCCAAAUAGUAUGGAAGAAUUCUAAAAAUCUUGGUUGUGCUAGCUCCCAUUGCUCUAAUGGAGGAAUGUUCACCACGUGUAACUACUAUCCUCCAGGGAAUUAUGUUGGAGAAAGACCAUAUUGAAAAGAGCCAAUUAUGAAGCAUACUGAUGCUUCUACUAUUUGUUUGAUGAAUAACAGCUAAAAUGUUAAUUGAUAAUGUGAUGUAUAUUUGUUGUUUAAAUUCAUUGUUGGAGUAGAAAGGCAUAUGACAUUUUAACCUGUUUUUGUAAUCAUUUAUUGAG